UACUGCACUACCUUAAAGCUGUUAUUUACCUAAUAAAAUGGUGCAAGUGGAUUUGAAGAAUAGGUCAUAACAAUACAUGCAUGUUACAAAUAACUGAUCUUUGUCUGAAGUUAUGUACACUGGUCUGCAGGUAUCAUUAGUGGGUACUAGUUUUACCCAGCUCUUCGAUUAGAUAGGUUCGCGUGUACAUGUAUGUCUGUGUUUUCCAUAUGCAGAAAAGGAUUAGUUAAGAUCAGCUAAAGGAAUUCAUUAUUGUGUUUUAAUUGGAUUAUCAUUAUGAUGCUGAUCAAUAUAGGUAAGCAUAAUACAUGUAGUAGCAGUAGCACAAUAUAAUGAGAUGCCAGCAUACAUACAUUGUAAGUUCUACUUUCACUUUCUAAAUGUGAUCUCCCUUUGACAGCAUACUGUAUCAUCAUCUUUUAAUAUUUAAAUAAGCUUAUCAUCGUUACCUAUCCUAUUGCAUUUGUAAAGUUUCUGUCAUUUUAGUUGCAAGAGUUAUUUUUUUCAUUUGUCAGACUUGCACUAUUUGCACUAUUGAGUUGACCCCAUCUUGACCAUGUAUUAACAAUUUCUUAUUAAAUUUGUGUAUUACAUGUAAGUAAGUGUACUAGACACAUAAUUAUCAUUUUUAUAUGAGUUAUAAUGGGAAGGAAGGAGUAUUUCUUUCUUAAUGUAUUAUAAUGCAUCAAAAACAAUGUAGGUCCUGACCUUAUGGGAGUAGCUGUUCUGACCCCACGAAACAGGAAAAUACAAAAUAUCUUGUCAUUAUGAUGCAUCAAAUGGUGUUAAGUACAUUAAUGACCCCAAAGUGUUGUCUUUAACUCGCUUUGCCCGAGUAAGUGCAUAGAAGAGUUGAUUAAAACAAAUGCCAAUAAAGUAUUUUAUCUUAUCCAUAUGUUACAGUAGUGUUUGAUCCAUGUGGGUAAUUCCUAUAGCCUAAUGAUGUCACUGCUUUAUUUAGGAGACUUUACAAUUGCCCCAAAUAGGUGAAUACACAUGCAUAUAACAUUUUGUUUAUAAAUCUUAAAAAUUGAAUUAAGCAAUAAUUUCAAAAUGUUAAUGUGCAUCAGGAGAGAAAAAGCAAUCAAGAAAUGAUUUAAAAUUUGCUACUGCAAACAUAUAAGAAUGUAUUAAGAAGACUGAAUCUUAAGAACCAGGUUAGAUUGGGGAGGGGGUUGAAUGUGAAGUAUAAACAUUUGUACAGGGGCUGACAAAUCCGAUUGCCCGACGCCCGGGGCUAGUGCUUUUUGCGAUCGGGCAAGUGAAAAAUCAGUAGGAACUUGCCCGAGGGCAAGUGAAUUUUUUAAACACAACAAACGACUACACUGAAAAUAGAUUUACGUACGAGUUAACAAUUUAUCAUCUAACUUUACAUUCAGCAAACCUCGGUCGAUUCCGUAACCUACAUAUGAGAUACGAAUUAGCCGAGGUGUGCCGAGUGCUAACUUUAGUCACAAAAACGCUUUUUCAAGUCUCUGUUAAAAGUAAAGGUAAAGCGCGGAAAAAACGUGUACAUAUGACAUACGGCGCGAUUAAAGCUCGACGAUGGACAAGUUUGUAACAAUAACGAAGAGAAAAAGUACAGAUGAUCAGACAGCUGAUAAAAACAACAACGAAACUACAUUAGCGAAACAUGGUAAAUACGAAAAGACCAAACGGAAAAGAUGCUACGUGAAAACGUGGGAGGAAACCUGGCCUUGGGUACGACAUGACGAUAUAAAUGACACAAUGUACUGCACAAUUUGCAGGGAAUUUCCUGCGGUUGGCAACGUAAAAAACAAUUCUUUCUACGAAGGAUGCAAACUCUUUCGUGUGGAAUCUCUUAAGGCCCAUCAAUCUAGCGAUGUUCAUGUGAUAUGCACCAGUUUCUAUCGCCAGAAAAACGGAACUCCCGUGACAAAGGAUGGAAAUCAAACACAUGUAAGUGACAAUGUCAAUGUUAGAGCAACACCUAUUAUGACAGCAUUGCUGAAGUUAGAUGAAAACCAAAUGAAAAGGCUUGAUGCUCUUUUCAAUAUAGCAUAUAAAAUUGCAAAACAUGGUAAACCACACAGUGAUUUUGAAAUCGAUUGUAAAUUGAUUCAGAAACUUGGUGUUGAUCUUGGGAACAAUUAUUUGAAUGCAAAUAGAUGUAAAGAUUUUAUAAAAUCUAUCGCUGAUGCUAUGACUGAAGCUGUUGCUGAUGAUUUGAAAGGAGCAAAUUUUGUUUCUGUUCUCUCUGAUGGUAGCACUGACUGUAGUAACCUUGAACAAGAGAAUGUCCUCGUACGAUAUGUGUCUCCUAAGACUCGGAAUCCUGUAACAAUAUUUUGUGGCAUUGUAAAUUUGGAACAUGGUCAUGCAGAUGGCGUUUUAGAUGGCAUUUUCAGAGCCUUGAGUUUAGUUGGCUUAACGAAGGAGAAUUUGAAAGCUAAUGAACCAGGUCCAACAUUAAUUUGCGCGAACUUUGACGGUGCAAAUGUCAUGCAAGGUAAGAAAAAUGGAGUUGUGGGAAAACUGGUAAAGGAAUACAAUCAUGUUUUGGGAAUGUGGUGUAUUGCACACAAACUUCAACUGGCAGUGAUGGAUUCAGUCAAGGAUGUUCAAAGUCUUCAGAAAUUGGAAAGCACUUUAAAAGGAAUCUAUAAGUAUUAUCAUGGAUCACCAAAGAGACGCAGAGAAAUAAAAGCCAUAGCAGACAUUCUUGAUGCUGAUCUUGCACAUAUUCCAGAUGUUAAGGAUGUGAGAUGGGUUGCAAGUCAAGGGAAAGCCCUAAGAGCCAUCCAAACAAAUUUGCUUGUUGUCACAACACAUUUAGAUGAAGCUGCAAGCAGGACAGACUUGUAUGCAGGCACAGCAAAGAAAUACCUCAAAGAUUUGACAUCUGCCCCAGUUUUGAAAAUCAUGUUUCUACUCAUUGAUGUCUUAGAUGUCAUUACAGAUCUGUCCAAGUUCUUCCAAACAGAAGAUAUGCUUGUGUUGGAAGUGCUUCCCAAAGUCGAGGCAAUCAUCUUGAGGUUGACCUCAUUGAAAUUUCAUCCUGGAAACAACAUGAGGGAGUUUAUGUCCAAGUAUAAUCCAGAGGAGAAAAUGUUUGGAGAUCUUAAACUACAUGGUCCCUGCAAUCCUGUUGACUACAUGGACAGUGAAACAAGAAAGAUAUUGGAUGCUGUGAUAAAGUCUUUGGAUGAAAGAUUUGGCAUGUUUAGAGAAAGUCCACUGAAGGAUUUUAACACCGUGUUUAACUUCAAAAUCUGGCCAUCAGACAGAACCUCUCUAGCUCUUUAUGGAAGAGAUGGUCUUGAAAACAUUUUGAAAUUCUUUGAACCUAUAUUUGAUGAAACUAAGGAUUCAAUUUUAAAUGAAUAUCUUGAUUUGAAAGUAUGUAUUGCACAUUAUAAAACUAUGUCUAUCUAUGAUGCAUAUUUGCUAGUGUCUGAAACAGCUUCCCCAAAGUUUACACAUUUGCAGAAAGUCAUAGAUUUAAUGUUGAGUGUUAGUUGUAGUUCAGCAAAAUGUGAGAGAGUUUUUUCAAGCAUGAAAUUAAUGAAAACAAGACUAAGAUCAAACUUAAGUCAGGAAAAUUUGCAAGCUCAGAUAAAUGUUAUGGUUGAAGGCCCACCCCUCCAUGAAUUUAAGGCCUCCAAGGCAAUAGAACACUGGUUAGGGUCAUCAAGGGGCAGACAUGUGAAUGGACAUCAGGCCCCUGAGAGAAAAUCCAGACAAAAUGAAAAUGAUUUGUAUAACUAUGAUGAAUUUGAAGUGUAUGAAAAAUGAAAUAAACAAGUACACAACACUUUAUAUGAAAAUUGUUUUUAUUUUAUCAAAAUAAAGAUUUAGGUGGGGCAAGUAGAUAUUAAGGUAGGGCAAGUGAAUUUUGCCUAGUCACUUGCCCGAGGGCAAGUGCUUUAAAAAUGUAUUUGUCAGCCCCUGCAUUUGUAAUUUGAAUCAUUUAUUGUUAUUAAUUUUAACUUGUCAAUGAAUACUAGUUAUUGAUCCCAAGGUAGAAAUAUGACCUCUGAUCAUAUCUCAAUAGAUCAUUUGUCAAUCAUGCAAGGUGUAAUGUAAUUUUUUUUAAGAAUAACAUUUUUUACCAGUUUAUAAAAGUUUUUAGACACCCAAAUUAUAUUUUGAUUUAAUAGAUCAUUCGACAAUUAAGGG